AUGAAGAGGAAUUUGAUAUGGACGUUCAUUUGUCUCUCUCAAAACCCUCCACUGUCGCCCCUUCACAGUUCGUCGCCUCUCACCGACAGCAACAACGCGACCGAGACUAGCGCCGGCAGCCGCAGACCUGAGCAUUAUCGGGAAACCGAGAGCAGGUCAGGAGUAUCACUGUCGAACAAAGGAGUAGUUGAGCGACCAACGGGCUUCCGACAAAUACCAAGCAGAACAUCCGAGCACACCCAAUUCGAGGAAUUUUUCAGCACCGUGAAUUGUCCGUUUAGAGGCCUUAUUAGUGUUAUGUGA